AUGCAUGGCCACCUUACGCCCCCAAAGCCUGGCGAAGAGCUAAACGUCACAUUCGUCGAUAAGGAAGGGGAAGAGCAUAAUUUUCAAGUGGCUCACGGGGACAAUUUGCUGGAUAUCGCGCAGUCAGAGGAGCUGGAGAUGGAAGGGGCCUGCGGCGGAUCAUGUGCCUGCUCAACCUGUCAUGUCAUUGUCGAAUCCGACGAAAUGUAUGAGAAGAUGGACGAACCAGACGACGAUGAGAACGAUAUGCUGGACCUGGCAUUUGGAUUGACGGAAACAUCAAGGUUAGGAUGUCAGGUCAAGAUGAACAAGGCUUUAAAUGGUCUGCGGGUGAAGUUGCCGAGCAUGACGCGGAAUCUACAAGCCAGCGAUUUUAGCGGAGCGAAGAAAUCAUGA